AUGGCGGAGAAAGUGAUAGGGGAGCGAGCGGUGGCAGUGAGCGGAGUGGCAGUAAGAUAAGUCUCAAUCAUUCGAUCUAAAAUUGAAGGAGAAAUAGAAACAAAAAAAAAUACAAAAGGAUCAGGUCUUGUAAUGAUUAAAUGGGUGGGUUAUCUAUUUCUCUCUAUCUGAUUUUUUUUGGUGUGGGUUAAAAUUCUGCUGAGCUUUUUUUCCAGAAUAUUCCACUCUCUCCCCCCCUUUUUUUUGCUCUGGUGCCGGUGAAUGUGAGAAGCAGGAAUAGCUCGGAGGUCGGAGGACAUGGCGAGCGACAAGCCGGCGCUGCCGGUAAACAUGCAGCCUCCGGCUCCGGCUCCGGCUGGGGCAGGAGAAACCGCCCUAUUAGGUUCGGGAGGGGGAGUCGGAGCCCGGGGUCUGGAGCUCGGCACCAAACCGCAGCCAUCGCCGGCAGCAGCAGCAGAGAUGGUGGGUUCGAUGGUGUCCAUCUCUGGCAUUAACCCCUCGGUGCCCAUCAGGAAUAUUAAGAUGAAAUUCGCCGUUGUCAUCGGCCUCAUCCAAGUUGGAGAGGUCAGCAACAGGGAUAUCGUGGAGACUGUGCUGAACCUGCUGGUUGGUGGAGAAUUUGAUUUGGAAAUUAACUUCAUCAUUCAAGAUGCAGAGAGCAUAGCAUGCAUGAUAGAACUUCUGGAACACUGUGAUGUCACCUGCCAGGCUGAGAUUUGGAGUAUGUUCACAGCCAUUCUGCGCAAGAGUGUACGUAACCUUCAAGCAAGUACAGAGGUUGGCCUCAUUGAACAAGUGCUAUUAAAGAUGAGCAAAGUGGAUGACAUGAUAGCAGAUCUGCUGGUUGAUAUGUUGGGUGUUCUAGCAAGCUAUAGCAUUACUGUCAAGGAACUCAAGCUGCUUUUCAGCAUGUUGCGUGGAGAAAAUGGAUUCUGGCCAAGACAUGCAAUUAAAUUGCUGUCAAUUCUGAAUCAGAUGCCACAAAGACAAGGCCCAGAUACCUUCUUCAACUUUCCUGGACGGAGUGCAGCAGCCAUCGCUUUGCCUCCUAUUGCUAAGUGGCCUUACCAGAAUGGUUUUACUUUAAAUACUUGGUUUCGCAUGGAUCCGCUAAAUAAUAUAAAUGUGGACAAAGACAAGCCAUAUCUCUACUGCUUUCGAACGAGCAAAGGAGUUGGCUAUUCAGCACAUUUUGUUGGAAACUGUUUGAUUGUAACAUCAUUGAAAUCAAAAGGAAAAGGUUUUCAGCAUUGUGUGAAAUAUGAUUUUCAACCGAGAAAGUGGUACAUGAUCAGCAUUGUGCAUAUCUACAAUCGCUGGAGAAAUAGUGAGAUUCGUUGCUAUGUCAAUGGUCAACUGGUUUCUUAUGGAGAUAUGGCUUGGCAUGUCAACACUAAUGAUAGUUUUGACAAAUGCUUCCUGGGCUCAUCAGAAACCGCAGAUGCAAAUAGAGUAUUCUGUGGCCAACUUGGAGCAGUAUAUGUGUUUACUGAAGCACUUAACCCAGCACAAAUAUUUGCAAUACAUCAGUUAGGACCUGGAUACAAGAGCACCUUUAAAUUCAAAUCGGAGAGUGACAUCCACCUUGCGGAACAUCAUAAGCAAGUAUUGUAUGAUGGGAAGUUGGCUAGUAGUAUUGCCUUCACAUACAAUGCCAAAGCUACUGAUGCACAGCUUUGCCUUGAGUCAUCACCGAAGGAAAACCCCUCAAUUUUUGUACACUCUCCACAUGCGCUCAUGCUGCAGGAUGUAAAAGCUAUUGUGACACACUCGAUUCACAGUGCAAUCCAUUCUGUUGGCGGCAUUCAGGUUCUUUUCCCACUUUUUGCACAGUUGGACUGCCAUCAGCAAAAUGACAGUCAGCUGGAGACCACAGUCUGUGCAACCCUUCUGGCCUUUCUGGUUGAACUACUGAAGAGCUCAGUGGCCAUGCAAGAACAAAUGUUGGGUGGAAAAGGAUUCUUGGUAAUUGGCUACCUCUUAGAAAAGUCAUCCAGAGUUCACAUAACACGAGCUGUCCUUGAACAAUUUUUGUCCUUUGCUAAAUAUCUGGAUGGUUUGACGCAUGGAGCACCUUUAUUAAAACAGCUGUGUGAUCACAUCCUGUUUAAUCCUGCCAUCUGGAUUCAUACUCCUGCAAAGGUGCAGCUUUCACUUUAUACGUAUUUAUCUGCUGAAUUCAUUGGCACUGCUACUAUCUACAGCACUAUACGUAGAGUGGGUACUGUGCUGCAACUAAUGCAUACGCUCAAGUAUUACUACUGGGUAAUUAAUCCAUCUGAUUGCAGUGGCAUAUCUUCGAAAGGGCAAGAUGGCCCUCGUCCAUCUCAGAAAGAAAUAAUUUCAUUGCGGGCUUUUAUGCUGCUAUUUUUGAAGCAACUAAUUUUGAAGGAUCGUGGUGUGAAGGAAGAUGAACUUCAAAGUAUUCUUAACUACCUGUUAACCAUGCAUGAGGAUGAAAACAUUCAUGAUGUGCUGCAACUGUUGGUUGCACUGAUGUCAGAGCAUCCUGCAUCCAUGAUACCUGCUUUUGAUCAACGAAAUGGAAUACGGGUUAUUUAUAAGUUACUGGCUUCAAAAAGUGAAAGUAUCCGAGUCCAAGCACUAAAAGUUCUGGGAUACUUCCUUAAACAUCUUGGUCACAAAAGGAAGGUAGAGAUCAUGCACACGCACAGUCUGUUCACUUUGCUUGGAGAAAGGCUAAUGCUGCAUACCAAUACUCUUACUAUAACAACGUACAACACGCUUUAUGAGAUUUUGACUGAACAAGUGUGCACACAGGUUGUUCAUAAGCCUCAUCCAGAACCUGACUCAACAGUAAAAAUUCAAAAUCCAAUGAUUCUCAAGGUAGUUGCCACUUUGUUGAAAAAUUCGACACCAAGCAAUGAGCUGAUGGAAGUUAGACGACUAUUUUUGUCGGAUAUGAUAAAAUUAUUCAGUAACAGUCGGGAAAACAGAAGGUGUCUCUUGCAGUGUUCAGUUUGGCAAGACUGGAUGUUCUCCCUUGGGUAUAUAAAUCCAAAAUGCUCAGAUGAACAGAAAAUCACAGAGAUGGUUUACAACAUUUUCCGUAUUCUCUUGUAUCAUGCAAUUAAGUAUGAAUGGGGAGGCUGGCGUGUUUGGGUAGAUACUCUCUCAAUAGCUCAUUCCAAGGUCACCUAUGAAGCUCACAAAGAAUACUUAGCCAAGAUGUAUGAAGAGUAUCAAAGGCAAGAAGAGGAGAACAUCAAAAAAGGAAAAAAGGGUAGUGUCAGCACAAUUUCUGGCCUUUCAGCUCAAGCAGUGGGAUCCAAAGGAGGCAUAGAGAUCAGAGAAAUCGAGGAUGGUUCCCAGACUCAGAGCCCAGAGAGUGAAACUGACUACUCUGUUAACACAGAUUCUAGAAAUCUCCUAGUUGAAGCAAGAGUAUCCAGUAAUGGAACUGGAAGUUCAGACAGAUCAACAACUGGAGUACAUGUGGAGGUUCAUGACCUCUUGGUGGAUAUAAAAGCUGAGAAGGUAGAUGCCACAGAAGUAAAACUUGAUGAUCUAGACCUGUCACCUGAGACACUGGUAGUUGCAGAGAAUUGUAACCUGGUAGAGGUAGAAUCUCUGUUAGACAAUGUUUAUACCUCUGCCGUUGAGAAACUUCAGAACAAUAUUAAUAGCACUUCCAUUCCUCAACAAAGGGAACAAAGAGACAGUGGUCCCUUGAUAUCUCUGGUAGAUGAAAAGGAUGAUGAACCUGUUAAUAGUACCUCAUUUGUCUUUGAUAAAGCAACAAACCAACAGGGAAAACUACUGGCUGAACUGCCUGCUGCUGAAAAUAUUUCCAUUGCAAAUGUGCCAGAGAACCAAAUACAUACAAGUGCUAGUGAUGACCUGGGGCUGUUAGCUCAUAUGACCAGUAACUCAGACAUUACAAGUCCAAAAUCUAUUAUUCAGGAUAAGGAUUUCAAAAUCCCAACCAAUCUGGAAGAAAUGAAUAUCCUGUCUGAAUCGGAGGGAAUUGUUCCAAAAGUAAUGGAAUAUUCGGAAAUGAUUGGCACACCCAUUGACUCAGAACUGUCUUCCAAAAAGACUGUUGGUAAUUUAGAUGCUGCUAGCACAGUAUCUGAUACUGACAGAUCUGAUGAUGGCAAAGAAGCCGGGAAGGAAAUUAAAAAGAUUCAAACCACCACCACAACCCAGGCCGUUCAGGGACGAGGAGGUGGGUUACAAGAAAGAGACCUUCGUGUUGAUCUGGGUUUCCGAGGAAUGCCAAUGACUGAGGAGCAACGACGACAGUUUAGUCCUGGACCACGUACCACCAUGUUCCGCAUCCCUGAAUUUAAGUGGUCCCCCAUGCACCAGCGUUUGCUGACAGAUUUGCUUUUUGCUUUGGAAACGGAUGUACAUGUUUGGCGGAGCCACACUACAAAAUCAGUGAUGGAUUUUGUGAAUAGUAAUGAGAACAUUAUUUUUGUGCACAAUACAAUUCACCUCAUUUCCCAGAUGGUAGACAACAUAAUCAUUGCUUGUGGAGGAAUUUUGCCCUUGUUAUCAGCAGCCACAUCCCCUUCUAGUUCUAAGCCUGAGCUGGAAAACAUUGAGGCGACCCAGGGCAUGUCAACAGAGACAGCAGUAACAUUCUUAAACAGGCUGAUGGCCAUGGUUGAUGUCCUGGUUUUCUCGAGCUCUCUCAAUUUCAGUGAGAUUGAAGCAGAAAAAAACAUGUCAUCUGGAGGCUUAAUGCGGCAGUGCCUGAGACUUGUUUGUUGCGUUGCUGUGAGAAAUUGCCUGGAAUGUCGCCAGAGGCAAAGGGACAGAAUGACAAAGACUUCACUAGCUAGCAAUAAGCCCCAAGAGAAUCUUCAGAGUAUAACAGGAUCCAAUGCAGCCAAGGCUGGUGUUGAAAAUGUCGCUGGUAACCUUUCUCCAAUUAAGGAUCCUGACAGAUUACUGCAGGAUGUGGACAUUAAUCGUUUGCGAGCUGUUGUCUUUCGUGAUGUGGAUGACAGCAAACAAGCUCAGUUUUUGGCUUUGGCUGUUGUAUACUUUAUCUCUGUACUCAUGGUAUCAAAAUACAGAGACAUACUGGAACCACAACGUGAAGUUGCAAGAUCUGGAAGCCAGAUCAGUCGAAAUAUUCGGCAGGAAAUAAAUUCACCAACGAGUACAGAGAAUCCUGUUAGUUUUCCUGAAGGCAACAAAGAAAAAGAAAUUCUAACACCAAUUGAAGAUAUACAAGUUGAAAGCUCUAUUCCACAUACUGAUUCAGGCAUUGGAGAGGAGCAAAUAACUGGCCUCAUGAAUGGCACUGAUUUGGAAACGGGCACUGUGCCAGAUACAAUGAGUGAACUUCUUUCUUCCUUGUCCUCCGAAGUAAAGAAAUCCCAAGAAAGUUUAGCUGAGAGCCCAACUGAAGUACUGAAACCAGCUUCCUCUGUAACGAGUGUCAGCCAAGGAAAAGGCAUGAAUGUGAAGGAGAUUCUGAAAAGCCUUGUUGCAGCGCCUAUGGAACGUGCAGAAUCUGGGGCUGAACUUGUAUCAUACCCUGAUCCUACUGUAAAAAGAGAAGCACAGGCUAUUCUGCCAAUGCAGUUUCACUCCUUUGACAGGAGUGUCGUUGUACCAGUGAAGAAACCUCCUCCAGGCAGUCUGGCUGUCAAUACAGUUGGUGGUGCCGGUACUACGAGUAGUCUUGCCACUGGCAGUGCAAGCAAUGUAAUCUCUCCUGCAGCAGCCACACCAAAAAGUAUGAUAAAUACCACAGGUGCUGCAGAGGCUGCCUCCACUUCCUCCUCCUCCUCCUCUUCCAGUUUUGUGAAUGGCGCUACCAGCAAAAAUCUUCCUGCAGUGCAGACAGUUGCUCCAAUGCCAGAGGAUUCUGCUGAAAACAUGAGCAUCACAGCAAAACUUGAAAGAGCCCUAGAAAAGGUUGCUCCACUGUUACGUGAGAUCUUUGUGGAUUUUGCUCCAUUUCUUUCAAGGACUCUGUUGGGCAGCCACGGCCAAGAAUUGUUGAUCGAAGGCCUGGUGUGUAUGAAGUCUAGUACCUCUGUCGUAGAAUUGGUUAUGUUGCUGUGUUCACAGGAAUGGCAGAAUUCUAUUCAGAAGAAUGCAGGGCUGGCAUUUAUUGAACUCAUCAAUGAAGGAAGAUUGCUAUGUCAUGCCAUGAAGGACCACAUAGUUAGAGUGGCUAAUGAGGCAGAGUUCAUUCUGAACAGACAGAGGGCAGAAGAUGUUCAUAAACAUGCAGAAUUUGAGUCCCAAUGUGCUCAAUAUACAGCAGAUAGAAGAGAAGAAGAGAAGAUGUGUGACCAUCUCAUUAGUGCUGCAAAGCAUCGAGAUCAUGUUACAGCCAAUCAAUUAAAGCAGAAGAUUCUCAACAUCCUUACAAAUAAGCAUGGUGCAUGGGGUACCAUCUCUCAGAGUCAGCAGCAUGAUUUUUGGCGCCUGGACUACUGGGAAGAUGACUUACGUCGUCGCCGCAGGUUCAUACGCAAUGCCUUUGGAUCGAUACAUCCUGAAGUUCUGUUGAAAUCUGCGGAAGACUACGGUACAGAUGAGGAUGUUAUAAAGUCGAAGAAAACUUUCCGGACCCAAGCAGUUGUAAAUCAGAAUGCGGAGACCGAGUUAAUGUUAGAGGGUGAUGACGAUACUGUUAGUCUGUUGCAGGAGAAAGAGAUCGACAAUUUAGCAGGCCCCGUUGUCCUGAGUACUCCAGCUCAGUUAAUCGCACCAGUGGUAGUUGCUAAAGGAACCUUGUCUAUCACUACGACAGAAAUCUAUUUUGAAGUAGAUGAGGAUGACCAAGGAUUUAAAAAAAUCGACCCAAAAGUCCUUGCUUACACUGAAGGUUUACAUGGAAAAUGGAUGUUCAGCGAGAUACGGGCUGUGUUUUCCAGACGUUAUCUCCUCCAGAGCACUGCUUUGGAAGUUUUCAUGGCUAAUAGAACUUCUGUUAUGUUCAAUUUCCCAGACCAAGCUACAGUGAAGAAGGUUGUAUAUAGUUUACCUCGUGUUGGAGUUGGCACUAGUUAUGGUUUGCCACAGGCCAGGAGAAUAUCAUUGGCCAGUCCUCGACAGCUUUUUAAAUCCUCCAACAUGACACAACGUUGGCAACGGCGGGAAAUUUCAAACUUUGAAUACUUGAUGUUCCUUAACACUGUAGCAGGUCGGACAUACAAUGAUUUAAACCAGUACCCUGUGUUUCCUUGGGUUAUUACGAACUACGAGUCUGAGGAGCUGGAUCUGACCCUACCAGGCAACUUCAGGGACCUAUCAAAGCCAAUUGGAUCUUUGAACCCAAAACGUGCCGUCUUCUAUGCUGAACGCUAUGAGACAUGGGAGGAUGAUCAAAUUCCACCUUACCAUUACAACAGCCAUUACUCUACAGCUACUUCCACACUAUCAUGGCUUGUCAGAAUUGAGCCAUUUACCACAUUUUUCCUUAAUGCAAAUGAAGGAAAAUUUGAUUAUCCAGAGCGAACAUUCUCCUCUGUAGCAAAAUCAUGGAGGAACUGUCAGAGAGACACCUCAGAUGUAAAAGAGCUAAUCCCAGAAUUCUACUAUUUACCCGAAAUGUUUGUGAACAGUAAUAACUAUAAUCUUGGCAUCCGAGAAGAUGGAACUGUUGUUUCUGAUGUUGAGCUUCCAAUUUGGGCAAAGAAGCCAGAGGAUUUUGUCCGUAUUAACAGAAUGGGUCUGGAAAGUGAAUUUGUUUCUUGUCAAUUGCAUCAGUGGAUUGACCUUAUUUUUGGAUACAAACAGCGAGGCCCAGAGGCAGUACGUGCUCUCAAUGUUUUCCAUUACCUGACUUAUGAAGGUUCUGUGAAUCUAGACAGUAUCACAGAUUCUGGCAUUAGAGAGAUCCCAGAGUCUUAUUUCGUUAGAGAUCCCUAUACAUUUCUCCUUACAUCAGAUUUUGCAAAGGCCAUGGAAGCGCACAUACAGAACCUUGGACAAAUGCCAUCUCAGUUGCUUAUUGAGCCACAUCCACCUCGAAGCUCUGCCAUGCACCUGUGUUUCCUUCCACAGAGCCCACUCAUGUUUAAGGAUCAGAUGCAGCAAGAUGUUAUAAUGGUGCUAAAAUUUCCAUCCAACUCCCCUGUUACCCAUGUGGCAGCCAACACGCUGCCUCAUCUAAGCACCCCUGCUGUGGUCACUGUGACCUGCAGCAGGCUGUUUGCAGUGAAUAGGUGGCAUAACACUGUAGGUCUUAGGGGAGCUCCAGGAUAUUCCCUGGAACAGGCCCAUCACUUGCCGAUUGAAAUGGAUCCAUUAAUUGCCAAUAAUGCUGGUGUGAACAAGAGGCAGAUCACGGACCUUGUGGAUCAGAGCAUUCAGAUUAACGCACACUGCUUUGUUGUGACAGCAGAUAAUCGGUACAUCCUCGUUUGUGGAUUCUGGGAUAAGAGUUUUCGAGUGUACUCAACAGAAACAGGCAAAUUGACACAAAUCGUGUUUGGGCACUGGGAUGUGGUCACAUGCUUGGCCAGAUCUGAGUCCUAUAUUGGUGGAGACUGUUACAUUGUCUCAGGUUCUCGCGAUGCCACGCUUCUUCUAUGGUACUGGAGUGGCCGACAUCACAUCAUUGGAGACAACCCUAACAAUAGUGAUUACCCUGCUCCGAGAGCUGUCUUGACUGGGCAUGACCAUGAAGUUGUUUCUGUAUCUGUGUGCGCUGAACUAGGACUUGUCAUCAGCGGUGCCAAAGAAGGACCAUGUCUGGUGCAUACAAUUACUGGGGAUCUUCUUAGAGCCCUGGAGGGGCCGGAAAACUGUGUCUACCCACGUCUUAUUUCUGUAUCCAGCGAAGGUCAUUGCAUCAUCUACUAUGAGCGAGGACGAUUCUGUAAUUUUAGCAUCAAUGGCAAACUACUAGGGCAGAUGGAAACCAAUGAUUCAACCAGAGCAUUACUUCUCAGCAGUGAUGGACAAAAUCUGGUAACAGGGGGUGAUAAUGGUGUGGUAGAAGUGUGGCAAGCCUGUGACUUCAAGCAACUAUAUAUUUACCCUGGUUGUGAUGCUGGCAUCAGGGCUAUGGACCUAUCCCAUGAUCAAAGGACACUGAUAACAGGCAUGGCUUCAGGCAGUAUCGUAGCUUUUAACAUAGAUUUCAACCGGUGGCAUUAUGAACAUCAGAACAGAUACUAAACCUAUUUUAGGGAAGGCUGAAGUGUGAUUGCCAGUUCCAGCUGAGAGCACAAGUGCUGCAGUGAACGCCCAGGCAUAAGUGGUGGAACAUAAUGCCCUCUGCAUUGACCUCUGUUAUACAUUCCAUUACAUCUAGCAAUAGUUGUACAUUGUAUUCUUUAUGUGUAAAAGCAAUCACAACUGCUGUUUUCUUUCUUCCUACCACUGAGCACCAGCUACAACAAAGAAAUGCCAUAUUAGCUUAUGAUUCAAUAAUGUAAGCUAAAUGAAUCAAUGUUCAAUAAUUAAUAUUUCCAAGUAAUUUUGAUGAUAAUGUGUCAGGGAAAAGUUUCUGAAGAAUGUGUCCAGUUACUCGUAAUACUUCAAGCUAAGAGAAGAUUUUUUUUAAACUGUAUCCUUUAUUUUCAGUCAGUAUCCAAUCUGUGAUAUAAUACUUUUCAUAAGUAUUACUUUACUAUGAUACCUUUGAUAGAAAAUGAAACAGCCAAAACAUCUGUUUCUUAACCAGUUUGAAAUUCCACCAUGCAGUUCUGUAAAUCUAGUGUUCCUUAAGAUAAUUUUUCCAAAAACAAAACUGAAGGAAUUUGGUACAAAAUAACUGACAUAGCUUUGAAGAUAAAGUUGACUUGGCUAUCUAAUUUUACAGUGUGGCAAUGAGAUCCCCAUUCUGUUUUGUGCUGUCAGUUUACAAACACAGUUUGGUUCCUGUACACUGUAAAAGUUAAUGAGGUGAAUAUUGUGAGAUCUUGGCUCUCCAGCUUAUAAACUGCAUUUUCAGCUUUCAUCGUAGGCACGAGAAUAGGAGUACGUUGCAUUUUUUUUUACUGUAGCAAAAAUCACUGUUAAAGAUAUUUCUGGCAUAUUAUUCUAAUUAAACACAUACACGGGGUUAAUAAAAUCACUUCAUGUUUUCUUCUUUGUAUAUUUGGUGACUGUAUUGUCAAAAGUCAUAGAUGUACAUACUGUGUUGGUAGGGCUAAGAGGCAUGUAAACAGGAAUGUAGUUUUCUUGGAAAUUACACCCACUUGCAGUUGUUUAUUUAAGAAAUAAUUAUUGGAUUCUUUGUAUUGGCACUUUGCACCAGAAACAUAUCAUUAUUUAUUGCUGUGAUUAUUGAUUUGUCAUCCACACUGUAAUAGUAAAUUUUAGCACUAAGUUCUUUACUUGUUGUUUGUAUUUAAACAAUUAAAACCAUGAAGAAAGUCUGACUGCGUAAUUAAGUUGUACAUCACGUGUGAGCAAUAUUAUGAGUUUUUAGUCUAGAAUUGGGAGGGGGGAAUAAGCAUAUGGAAAACAAUUUCAUUUCAUCUGGAAAUCACAGUGAAAUAUUUUGGAUAUACAAAAUCCUUGAGCUAUUGUAACGCUGUUUUAUGGCAAAGAUGUAAAAUAUGCCAGAUGUGUGUCAGUUCAAAAUUAAAAUUGAAAAAAUAAAAUAUGCAAAGAAA